AUGAAUUCGUACUUUGAACAAAGCGGUUUCUACGGAUCACAUCACCAUCAAAGUGCCGGGGUUGGUGUUGGCGUUGGAGGCGGUGCAAGCCAUCAUGACCAGACUGCCGCAGCUUACCGUUCCUUUCCACUUAGUCUCGGUAUGUCGCCGUAUGCGGCAGCCGCCAACCACCAUCACGGACUUCACCAGAGCGCUCGACCGCCACAGGAUUCGCCUUACGAUGCAUCAGUAGCUGCUGCCUGCAAGUUAUAUUCUACCGGAGGUUCAGAGUCGAGCCAGCAGACUGGAGGUUAUGGUAAACCAGAUUGUUCUAAAGCAGGCGGCGGUGGAGGCGAUAGUCAUCAGAACGGCUAUGCAGCCGUGGUAGCUGCAGCCAAAGACGCAUGGCAAGCGCAAGCACAACAACAACAAGGUGUCGUGUCUGGCCCUGUACGGCCCGCAGCUUGUACGCCGGACUCCCGCGUUGGAUACGGCGGUCCAGUACCAUCUCUAGAUGCUGCUUCGUCCAGUCCAGGCCCCGCGCGCGCUUCCUCGUGGAACAGCACGUGCUCGCUGGGAGCAGCGGCGCCACAACCUGCAGCCACACAACUCCAUCAGCAACCUAAUCACACAUUCUAUCCGUGGAUGGCCAUCGCAGAAAAUAUAAAUAAAUUUUCCGACGGAGUUCGUCGGCCCGGGUGUCUUAGACUAACGCAAUACCAAUUCAUGAAAAUCACUAGAAAAUUCUUUAGAUGUUCUUAG